AUGAUAUCAAUUUUAGACCAAUAUAAAUUUUGCACAGCCCCAAGCCCAGGCACCUCCAGCACCCCCACAGCCCCAAGCCAAGGCACCCCCAGCGCCCCCGCCACCCCAAGCACCGCAAGCACCCCCGCCACCCCAGGCACCAAGGUUUUCGAUAUUACAACCUAUGGUGCCAAGCCUGAUGGCAAGAAAAUCAACACACAGGCAUUCAUGAAGGCGUGGGUAGAAGCAUGCCAUUCGGGCGGUCCGGCGAAGGUUGUUUUCCCACCAGGGAAGUUUCUAACGGGGCCGUUGGUGUAUGCCGGGCCAUGCGAUGCACCAAUGACCGUUGAAAUUCAAGGCACUGUCUUGGCAACCACUGAUAUUACUGAAUAUUCAUCUCCAGUAUGGAUUCUAUUUGAAUCCAUCACUGGUUUGAAUCUCAUUGGUAAUGGAACCUUUGAUGGUCAAGGUCAAGAAACAUGGAUGUAUAAUGAUUGUCGCGACAACCCUAGUUGCAUUAUGCCUCCCGCCUCAUUAAAGUUCAACAAGGUGACCAAUGGAUUGAUGGAAGGGAUUUCUUCGCUCAACAGCAAAGGCUUCCACGUAUUCUUGGUUUUAAGCCACCAUCUUAGAGUUAAUAAUCUGAACAUAAUAGCUCCAGAUCAUAGUCCUAACACGGAUGGAAUUCACAUCAGUUCCAUUACAAGUUCCAUCAUAGGCACCGGAGAUGACUGUGUUUCAAUUGGCCAUGGCUCUGGCAAUGUCACCGUUUCCAACAUCAAGUGUGGCCCAGGACAUGGCAUCAGCGUGGGAAGUCUAGGAAAAUAUAAAGAUGAGAAGGAUGUAAGUGGAAUUUUUGUAUCAAAUUGCACACUGAAGAACACCACAUUUGGAGUAAGGAUCAAGACAUGGGCAGAUUCUCCUCCAAGCCAAGCUACCGGAAUCCAUUUCCAAGACAUUGUCUUAGAUUCAGUCAAAAAUCCAAUCAUUAUAGAUCAAUUUUACGGUUCGAAGAAGAACAAAAAGCCAUCAAAGGUGAAGAUCAGCGACGUUUCUUACAAGAACAUUCAGGGCACAACUAUAUCCGUCGUCCCCGUUUCAUUACAGUGCAGCUCAGCGGUCCCGUGCGAUGGCAUCACAUUGGAAGAUAUCGAUUUGGCCUUUAUUGGGUCGGAUCGGAAAAAGGCGUUGGUCGGGAAUUCAUGUUUGAAUGCCAAAUUUAAGGCCACAGGAAAACAGAACCCACCAGCUUGUGCAUAG